CUCUUUCGCGAGUUGGCGUGGCGCAGCUUUCUAUUAACUGACGCGACCGCGCGCACUAGCGGCCGGCCACCGGCUAGUCAGCCUGCGCCUGCAGCUCGCGCUUCCUUGGAUCACUCGCUAGCUACGCCUCACGACUCCGGCCCAGCCUUCUCCUCCUAUUUCUUCUUGCUCGGGUCGGUUAACCCGAGACUGGUCUGUCUUUGCAAAGGCAUUGACUUGGCUUAGGUGUGUGGCGAUGGAUCCGUCGGGCAUGGUAGACGCGCCCAUACUGCCGCCGGACGCGUCCCCGUCGCCGUACACCAACCCAUCCGUGGCGUUCCCCAUCGCCAUUGUGAUCGCCAUCGGGUUCAUGGUCACCUCGCUCAUCCUCGUCAGCUACUACUUCCUCGUCGUCCGCUGCUGGCUCCACGGCGGCGGCCCGGGGUCGGGGCUGCUCCACCGCUCGCGCCGCGAGGAGCCGGUGGAGCGGGUGUCCGCGGUGUUCUUCACCGACUACGAGGCUGACCUGCCCGGCGGGCUCGACCCGGAAGUCGUCGCCGCGCUCCCCGUCGUCAAGUACCGCGGCGCCUGGUCGGCGUUGGCGGCGCUCGAGUGCGCCGUGUGCCUCGCCGAGUUCGCGCCGGGGGAGCGGCUCAAGCAGCUGCCCAGCUGCUCCCACGCGUUCCACAUAGACUGCAUCGACACCUGGCUCCACCACAACGUCAGCUGCCCGCUCUGCCGCACGGUGGUCACCGGCGGCGGCCCGCUCCCGGAGUCCCGCUACGAGCACGAGGCGUCCUGCCUCGAGCUGCAGGUCGGCGAGAGGCGCAUCGGCACCGCGGCGAGGAUGGGAUACGGGAGCUCGUGCAGGUUCCCGACCAAAAGCGGCGCCGCGCAGGAGCCGAUCACGCGGUCCUUCUCCAUGGACUGCUUCAUGGAUGACCGCGGCCGGAAGCCGCAGAAGGAGCCCGGCAGCUCGGAGGCCGGGCCGAGCCGCGCCAACGUCACCGGUGGUGGCAGCGGCGGCGCAAACAUGGGCGGUGCCGGCGAGACGAGCGGGCGAUUCCGGCGGCUGCUGUCGUCGUUCGGGCUCGGCCGGAGCUCGAGGAGCACGGUGCUGCCGAUCCACCUCGACCCAUGACGGCGGCGUCGGGUUCGUGCAGUGUCGUGUGCAUGCAAUGUACAGAAAUAGCAGAGACUUGGGUUCGGAUUUUUUUUAUCAGUAGGUUUUGUUCGUGGAUGGCAUGCAUUCCGUUCCAUUUAUUAGUUCUUGCAAUCUCGAUUGCCCCCGUGUUCCAUCGUCCUCUUGUAUCGACCGAUAUCAUCCGUGCUAGUUGGCGUACCAGAUCUCGUCGGAUGACAUGUAACAUUGCCACUAACCAUUUCGUCGUUUCGUCCGUGAUCGUUGAAAAUUAGCCGAACCUUUUCUCAAA